UAUGACUAAUUUGCUUUCGUCCUUACUCCUUUAAUCUGUGCUUGUGACUUGUGUCUUGUGAAUACUUCAGUGUGAUAAGGAAGAAUGAUAAUGACCUAAUCUGAAAAAUUUGUUUUGUUCGCCAUGACUUCAAACUGAUUGAAUUUUGUAUUUUUUAUGAUGUGGAAAAAUUACUUCUAAAAUAACAUUAUGAUAUAACCAUAUCACUAUGACAGAAAGCAUUUCAACACUUACUGCUCCUAUUUCACUGUCCACAUAUCAUCAGCUGAGUUUAACAGUUGAAUCAGCAAGCAUUAGAAAUUCUGGAUUUCUUAAACCAAAUCCUUAUUUACAAGUUUUAAUAGAUGACAAAAUUUCAAGAAGAACAGAGGUACUGAAAAACACAUUGCAUCCAAAAUGGAAGGAAGAUUUUACAGUUCUUGUUACACCAUUGUCACAAAUAUUAUUUCGUCUGGCAGACCAUCAUAGUUUCAGGAAAGACCACAUUAUUGGGGAAAAAAAAGUAAACCUAUUAAAAAUACUAUUACAUUUUAAUGGAAAAUGUGAAAACGUUGAGCUGAGUAUAGAUUUGAUGAAAACAGUAUCUCCAGAUAAUGCAUCUACUGCAAACACUGAAGUAAAAGCUGCGGAACUAGUAGUAUUGCUUGAUGGUUUAAGAAUAGAUCCAUCCAUUUUGAGUCAGUCCCAUGAAGUGCUAGGAGAGUCUGGCACCUCGCGAAGUUCUCAUGCUGAAGGUGUCAGAGCUCGAAUUAGAGGGAGAAACAAUGUUGAAUCAUUGAGAUCUAUGGUGCAUUCCCUAUCUUUAAGACCACCGCCGGGUCCUCCGCCGCUGAGCAAUGGUGCGGUGGGUGCGCAGGAGAGCGGCGCGGGACCUUCGCGCCAGGAACCCGCCGUCACCGCCGCGACCGCUGGGUCCGCACUGUCGCCCGCAGCCGCCGCGCCCGCAACUGAAGAGCCGCUGCCACCCGGCUGGGAGAUGCGAUAUGAUGUCUACGGCAGAAGGUAUUAUGUAGACCACAACACGCGUUCGACGUCGUGGGAGCGACCGCUGCCACUGGCGCCGGGCUGGGAGGUGCGACGCGACGCGCGCGGCCGCGUUUACUACGUGGACCACAACACGCGGUCUACCACGUGGCAACGGCCCGACACGGAGCGCCUGGCACGUUUCCAGCAUUGGCGCGGCGAGCGGCGCCACGUGGUCGCGCAGGGCAAUCAGCGCUUCCUGUAUCCGCCUCCGCAGCCUCCCCACCCGCCCCAGCCGCCCAGCCAGCCUGCCGUCGACAACGACCCGCCACCCUCGGUGAAUAGCAUCUCGAUGCCGGCCGCGGGCGCUGUCAGCGCAGGCGGGUCGGCUACAGCGGGCGGGGCCGCGAGUACUGCGGCCGAAGACGCACUGGGCGCUUUACCGGCGGGCUGGGAGCGCCGCGUGCAGCCGGACGGUCGCGUCUACUACGUAAAUCACAAGAACCGCACCACACAGUGGGAGGAUCCGCGCACGCAGGGUCAAGAAAUAAGUGCCUUAGAAGAGGCUCUACCAGCCGGCUGGGAGAGCCGGUUCACGGAGGAGGGCACGCGCUACUUCGUAGACCACAACACACGGACCACCACAUUCCAGGACCCGCGGCCAGGCGCGCCGCAGGGCCCUCAGGGCGCGUACGGAGUGCCGCGCGCCUACGAACGCUCCUUCCGCUGGAAGCUCAGCCAGUUCCGGUACCUCUGCCAGAGCAACGCGCUGCCAAGCCACAUAAAGAUUACCCUGUCGCGGCAAACACUGUUCGAGGAUUCCUAUCACCAAAUCAUGAGGCUACCGGCAUACGAGCUGCGACGACGGCUAUAUAUUAUAUUCCGUGGGGAAGAAGGUCUGGACUACGGAGGCGUCAGUCGAGAAUGGUUCUUUUUACUUUCACAUGAAGUGCUCAACCCUAUGUACUGUCUGUUCGAAUACGCCAACAAAAACAACUACAGUCUACAAAUAAAUCCGGCCAGUUACGUCAACCCGGAUCACCUUCUUUAUUUUAAGUUCAUAGGCAGGUUUAUCGCGAUGGCUCUUUACCACGGAAGGUUCAUAUAUUCUGGUUUCACGAUGCCAUUCUAUAAAAGGAUGCUAAAUAAAAAGUUAACUAUGAAGGACAUUGAAUCUAUCGAUCCCGAAUUUUAUAACUCCUUGGUUUGGAUUAAAGACAAUAAUAUAGACGAGUGUGGCCUUGAAAUGUGGUUCAGCGUGGACUUCGAAGUGUUAGGUCAAGUAAUACACCACGAGCUGAAACCGUCGGGUGAUAAGGACCGCGUCACAGAAGCUAACAAAGAACAAUAUUUACAAUUAGUUACGCAAUGGCGAAUGACACGUGGAAUUGAGGAACAAACAAACGCUUUUCUUGAUGGUUUUAACGAGGUUGUACCAUUAGAAUGGCUGAAAUACUUCGACGAGCGUGAAUUGGAGUUGAUGCUAUGCGGCAUGCAGGAGGUGGACGUUGAGGAUUGGCAGCGCAACACCAUCUACCGCCAUUACACGCGCACCAGCAAGCAGGUCGCCUGGUUCUGGCAGUUUGUUCGACAAAUGGACAACGAAAAGCGGGCCAGACUAUUGCAGUUUGUAACAGGCACCUGUCGAGUUCCCGUGGGUGGUUUUGCUGAACUCAUGGGUUCUAAUGGACCACAACGUUUUUGUAUAGAAAAGGUCGGUAAGGACACGUGGCUGCCGCGCUCGCACACCUGCUUCAACCGACUCGACCUUCCGCCUUAUAAAAGUUACGAACAAUUGUGCGAGAAAUUAAAUUACGCUAUCGAGGAAACUGAAGGUUUCGGUCAGGAGUAAAUAAAUUCGCUAAUAGCACUAUUGAAUAAUGUAAAUUAUUAUCACAUUAAUUUUUUAACUGCACCGACACCAAUGAACGAAUUACGCAAUGGAACUGGUGCCGUCGUAAAAAGACCAACCAAAUACUUGUAUGAAUAUUUUGUUUAAACUAUAAUUUUAUUAUGUAGAUAUCCUUAGUGUAUUAUGCCAGUUAUAUAAGAUAUAUUUUGUUUGAACUAUAUUUAUAAAGUUCGUCUAUAAAGUUCAAUAAAAUCUUU